AAAGAAGUUGGGUUAUCCAAAUUGAGGCAUUGUGGCAAAAAGAAUGUCCUUAACUUCAUCACUAUGUUCUUCUGUCUUGGUAUCUGGUAAUCGCAACUUUGAUUUUGGAUUCGUCAGCAACUCAAAAUUCCCAUUCAAGGCGAAAACCUCACUUGUUAUUCGAUGCCGCUCAAAAGCUACUGAGGUGCCAAAAUCAAGGAACCUUUUAGACAAUGCAAGUAAUCUGCUAACAAAUUUCUUAAGUGGAGCAAGUCUAGGCUCUAUGCCUAUAGCGGAAGGGGCCGUAUCCGAUUUGUUUGAUCGCCCUCUCUUCUUCUCACUCUAUGAUUGGUUCUUAGAGCAUGGAUCUGUGUAUAAACUCGCUUUUGGUCCAAAAGCAUUUGUUGUUGUAUCAGACCCCAUUGUUGCAAGACAUAUACUUCGAGAAAAUGCAUUUGCUUAUGACAAGGGAGUUCUUGCUGAUAUCCUAGAACCAAUAAUGGGAAAAGGACUUAUACCUGCUGAUCUGGAGACAUGGAAGCAAAGGAGAAGAGUAAUUGCUCCUGGGUUUCAUGCGUCUUAUUUGGAAGCUAUGGUCAAGAUAUUUACUGAUUGUUCGGAAAGAUCGACAUUGAAAUUGGAGAAACUUCUAGAAGGGGAGGAUUCUUGUCAUGGGGACACAGUUGAGUUAGAUCUUGAAGCAGAAUUUUCAAGUUUAGCGCUGGAUAUUAUUGGGCUAGGGGUCUUCAACUAUGACUUUGGCUCUGUUACAAAAGAAUCACCUGUGAUUAAGGCAGUUUAUGGUACACUUUUUGAAGCUGAGCACAGAUCCACUUUUUAUGUUCCCUAUUGGAAAUUUCCUUUAGCAAGGUGGAUAGUCCCCAGGCAGCGGAAAUUCCGAAAUGACCUCAAAAUUAUUAAUGAUUGUCUUGAUGGACUUAUAAGAAAUGCAAAGGAAACUAGACAGGAAACAGAUGUUGAGAUGCUACAAAAUAGGGACUAUUCGAAUCUCAAGGAUGCAAGUCUUUUGCGAUUUUUUGUCGACAUGCGAGGUGCUGAUGUUGAUGAUCGUCAGCUAAGAGAUGACCUAAUGACAAUGCUUAUUGCUGGCCAUGAAACAACAGCAGCUGUUUUAACUUGGGCUAUUUUCUUUCUGGCACAGAAUCCCGCAAAAAUGAGGAAAGCUCAAUCAGAGAUUGAUGUAGUACUGGGUAAAGGGAGGCCAACUUAUGAAUCUCUUAAGAAAUUAGAGUACAUCAGACUUAUUGUUGUAGAGACUCUUCGUUUGUAUCCUCAGCCCCCAUUGCUAAUAAGGCGUUCCCUCAAAUCAGAUAGUUUACCAGGAGGAUACCAGGGAGACAAGAAUGGUUAUGCAAUUCCUGCAGGAACUGAUAUCUUCAUUUCUGUCUAUAACCUACAUAGAUCCCCUUAUUUUUGGACCUCCCCCAAUGAAUUUGAACCAGAAAGAUUUUUAGUGCAAAGGAAAGAUGAGGAAAUUGAAGGAUGGGCUGGUUUUGAUCCCUCUCGAAGCCCAGGAGCUUUAUAUCCAAAUGAGAUUGUAUCGGAUUUCGCCUUCUUACCCUUUGGUGGAGGACCGAGGAAAUGUGUGGGAGACCAAUUUGCUCUAAUGGAAUCAACAGUAGCUUUGGCUAUGAUACUACAGAAGUUUGAUGUGGAGCUGAAGGGCUCUCCAGAAUCUGUGGAAUUGGUCACAGGGGCAACAAUUCAUACCAAGAAUGGACUCUGGUGUAAAUUGAGGAAGAGAGUUGAUAUCCAUUGACAUCCCUGUUAGAGGCAGAUUCACAUCAAAAUGGGUUCUUCUACCAUUUGAGGAAACCAGAUAUUGGCUACAAUUUUUGUCUAUUUUAAACACCAAUUGUACAAUAAGUGUAGUAUGGUGAUAAAUAUAAUUGUAAUAGUAGUUUAUAGAGAAUGAGCUAGGAUCCCUUCUCCUCAUGUUUGUCAUAAUAAUAAGGCUAAUCACUCAAAAAUAUCCCACCUCUUAAAAUUUUCAAUUUUAACCAUUUUUCAGUUUUCACUUUCAA